AACUGGGGGCUGAGAUCCGAGAUCGGGCGAGGAGGGGGUCAGGAAUGCUCCGGGAUCGAGAAGGCAGCGGGGCCGACUGGGAUCCGUGGCUGGGGAGGAGCCCAAAUUGGAAGGGUGUUAUGGAAUCGGAGGAACCGGGGCUUGGGGUGCGCCGGUAUCGGGGUGGACCGAGACUGGGAGGUGCGCUGGGAUCGAGGCGGUAACGGAGCCUGGGCGUUGCUGUGGCAUCGGUGGGGUCCGGUACCGGGCGGGACCGGGCCUGGGAGGUUUGUCGGUGUUGGGGAGACUGGGACCGGAGGGUGCCCCAGGAUCUGGGGACCGGGACCAGCAGGUGGGCCUGUACCGGGGGAGCCCAGAACGGGUGGGAGAACUCCAGCCCGGGGGUACCCAGUGCUGACAGCGGCCCCCAGGUGGCCCCCGGUGCUGGUCCCGUGUGCAGCCCCGCGCUGCAUGGACUGGUACAUGAUGAACUGCGAGCUCCUGGCCACCUGCAGUGCCCUGGGCUACCUGGAGGGCGACGUGUACCACCGGGAGCCCGACUGCCUGGAGAGCGUCAAGGACCUGAUCCGGUACCUGCGCCACGAGGAUGAGAGCCGGGACGUGCGGCAGCAGCUGGGGGCAGCCCAAAUCCUGCAGAACGACCUCCUGCCCAUCCUGGUGCAGUACCCCCAGGAAAAAGUGCUCUUCGAUGCUGUCAUCAGGUUGAUGGUGAACCUGACGCAGCCCGCCCUGCUCUGCUUUGGGAAGGUGCCAGCAGAUGCCACCUCCCGCCACCACUUCCUCCAGGUGCUGUCCUACCUGCAGGCCUACAAGGAGGCUUUUGCCAGCGAGAAGGUGUUUGUGGUGCUCAGUGAGAAGCUCUACAACCUCCUGCAGCUGGAUUGGGAGCAGCGGCAGGAGGAGGACACACUGCUGAUCGAGAGGAUCCUGCUGCUGGUGCGCAACGUGCUGCACGUGCCCCCAGACCCCACGGAGGAGCAGCAGGGUGUGGACGGUGACGCCAGCGUGCACGACCGGGUGCUGUGGGCGCUGCACAUCAGCGGGAUGGACGACCUGCUCAAAUUCCUGGCCAGCGCCCAGGUGGAGCAGCAGUGGGCUCUGCACGUCCUGGAGAUCAUCUCCCUCAUGUUCCGUGACCAGAGCCCAGAGGAGCUGGCGGCGCUGGGACAGGGGACAGCAGGGGCCGAGCACAGGGAGGACAUGCAGGAGCUGGAGACCUUGAGGCAGAGAGAGCUGGCAGAGAAGAGAACCCGGGCACGGCAGCGCCCAUCCAGGCAUUCCCGCUUUGGUGGCUCCUACGUCCUGCAGGGCGUCAAGUCCAUCGGGGACCGGGACGUGGUGUUCCACAAAGGGCUGCACAACCUGAAGAGCUACACCCACGACCUGGGCAAGGAGCCCCGGCGGCUGCCCCGGCGCCGCCAGGCCGCCCCCGAGGCCGAGCCCUCGCGCCGCUCCGCCCGCAACGUCCGGCUCUUCCUGCGCCACUUCUGCCAGGACUUCCUGGAGGGCUGCUACAACCGCCUGAUGCUGCUGGUCAAGGACCAGCUGGUGCGGGAGAAGGCUCAGCAGCACGAUGAGACCUAUUACCUGUGGGCCACCGCCUUCUUCAUGGCCUUCAACCGGCUCCACGGCUUCCGGCCCGAGCUGGUGUCCGAGACCGUGGGGGUCCGAGCCUUCCACUUCAUCGAGCAGAACCUCACCACCUAUUACGAGAUGGCACUGAUGGACAAGAAGGAGGCGACAACCUGGGCCCACAGGAUGCACUUGGCCCUGAAGGCGUACCAGGAGCUGCUGCGGACGGUGCAGGAGAUGGAUCGCUCGCCGGAGCAGGCGGUGCGGGACAGCAGCCAGGUCAUCAAGAGCAACAUCUUCUACCUGAUGGAAUACCGGGAGCUCUUCCUCACGCUCUUCCGCAAGUUCGACGAGACCAAGCAGCCGCGCAGCUUCCUGCGGGACCUGGUGGAGACGGCCCACCUCUUCCUCCGCAUGCUGGAGCGCUUCUGCCGCGGCCGUGCCAACCUCGUGGUGCAGAGCAAACGUGUGCGGAGGAAGAAGAAGAAGAAGCCUCAUGUGCCUGAGGCCCCCGCCCCGCCCAGCGCCGCGGAGCUGGAGCAGCUGUGGGAAGGAUUGGCCCCGCAGGUCCAGGCCUGCCUGGAGGGCGAGGUGCCCCUCCCCGAGGACAUGGUGCCCUUCGACGCCGCCUCGGAGACGCCGGUGGAGGAGCAGCGCGCGGAGGCUGUGCUGCGGAUCCAGGAGUGCCUGCGGGAUUCCCGCGUGCCCCAGGCCCUGCAGCUGCUGCGCUCAGCCAGGGAGGUCUGGCCCGAAGGGGAUGUGUUUGGAUCCGCGGACGUGGGGCCGCCCGAGGAGACGCAGCUGCUUCGGGAGAUCCUCGUCGCUCCCCUGCCCAGGAACGCACCCGCCGAGCCCGAAGAGCCGGAGGAAGAGGAAGAGGAGGACGAGGAAGAAGAGGAGCAGACCCUGCAGGUGUCGGAGAAGGAAUUCAACUUCCUCGACUACCUGAAGCGGUUCGCCUGUGCCCCCGUGGUGCGGGCGCUGGUGCUGCUGCUGCGGGGGUACGCGCGGAACAGCGCCCACACCAACCACUGCGCCGCGCGCCUGCUGCACCGCCUGGCCCGCGACCUGCACAUGGAGCCCCUGCUCUUCCAGCUCUCCCUCUUCGCCCUCUUCCACCGCCUGCUCAGCGACCCCGCGGCCGCCGCGCACCAGGAGUUGGUGACCUUGGCCAAGUUCAUUCUGGGCAAGUUCUUUGCGCUGGCGGCCACCAACAAAAAGGCUUUUGUGGAGCUGCUCUUCUGGAAGAGCCCGGCCAUCGUCUGUGAGAUGACCAAAGGCUACGGCUCCCUGCAGGAGGGAGAGGGGACCACCCGGAGCCGGGUGCCCCCCUGGACCCCUCAGGAGGAGCAGGAGCUGCGGGAGCUGUACUGGAAGUACAAGGAGGUGGAAGGUGGGGACAUCAUUGCUGCCAUCCUGGCCCAUCUCCCGACGCCCGGGCGGACGCGGAAGCAGGUGGUGAAGCAGCUGGUGCGGAUGGGGCUGGCCAGCAGUGCCAAGGACUUCCCGCGGGAGAGGAAGGGCACCCGCAUCGUGCUGUGGACGCAGGAGCAGGAGGAGGAGCUGACGCGGCUCUUUGAGGAGUUCCACGGCUCGGACGACGUCCUGGGGAACAUCAUGAAGCACCUGACGGCGCGGCGCUCGCGGGCUCGCGUGGUGGAGAAGCUGCUGGGGCUGGGGCUGGUGGCCGAACGCAAGGAGCUGUACAAGAAACGCCGGAGGAAGAGCCACGGCCCCGGUCCCGGGCAGGCUGCCACAGGUGUCCCGGCCAUGCCAGCCCAGGACAGCUCAGGAGAUGAUGAGGACAGCGAGGAGGAGGAAGAGGAGGAUGAGGAUGAAGCAGAGGAAGGCCGCAUGGAGGAGCACUGGGUGCCCCAGGAAGGGGCUGGGCAGGACCUGGCGCAGCGCCUGCAUCGGGAAGGGCUGGCCGGGCCCCUGCGGUGGCUGGAGAACUGCCUGCGGAGGGCGGCGGGGGACCGCGAGGAGGACGGCGUGUCCCACCCGGUGCCGCUGGUGCCGCUGACGGAGGAGAACGAGGAUGCCAUGGAGGACCGGCGCUUCCGGAGCCUGCUGCGGCAGCUGGGGCUGCGGCCCCCCGCCAGCGAGCAGGAAUCCUUCUGGCGCAUCCCGGCUGCCCUCACCCCGCAGCAGCUCCGGCGCGCGGCCGCCUCCAUCGCCCACCGUGGCCCCUCAGGGUCCCCCCAGGAGGUGUCAGAGCCACCCGGGUGCCCCCAGGACCCGGCUCCAGAGCCGCUGCCGGCGGGGCUGGGAUCAGACUCGGAGAGCGAGGAGCCCGUCCCUGUCCCCGUCCCCAGCCCGGUGCAGCCACGCACCAAGAGGCGCCGGGAGCUCGCCAGCGAGGACGAGGAUGAGGAUGGUGGGAGCUCAGGCACCAGGCUGGCCCCCCCAGCUCCCCGCUCCGAGGAAGAUGAGGAGGAGGAGGAGGAUCCACAGCCCCGGGGGCGGCGGAAGCGCAUCCGCUGCGUGGAAGAGGAAGAGGAGGAGGACUGAGUGGCUUCUCAUACCCUGCCUGUGCCCAGGCCUUGUGCUGUUUUCUAGGAUUUUUGCAGACUUUAUUGGAUUUCUGCAGUUUUUCUGGGGUUUCUACAGGUUUUCUGGGGUUUCUGCAGAUUUUCUUCUGCAGAUUUUGAUGCUAUUUUUAAACGCUACAUAAGCAACCAGGUUCUCCACCUUCCCCCACUUCCCCUGGUGUCACCAUCUCCGUUUUACCCCAAAUUCCUUCUUUUUCCUCAGCUGUUGGGUUUGGUUUUUUUUUUUUCCUAAAACUUUUUAAACCUGGACAGGGCCUAAAUAAAUAAAAGUGACUUUUGGC